AUGGGAGCUAAGAAGGUGGAGUUUCUGUCUCCUGACGUCGAGCACUCGGCUCCUCAGUCAGCAGAAUUUGCUUCUCCAUCUCCUAAUCAUGUUCUAGACCAGGUAUUUGUGGAACCAAGACGAAAAACUAAAAUCAACAAGGCGCUUAAAACUUUAAAUAAAAGAGUUUCUAGUUUUGGUGCAACAAUAUCCAGAACAACUGGAAUUGUUGGUGGUGAUACCUCUGAUAGUGACAGUAUAAAUGAGCAUGAACCAACCCUAUCUGAUUAUUUUUACGGCGAAGAUGGUAACUUAAAACGUGAUUCUCAACUUAAAAUUAUUCACGAUUCACUUGUACCUGAGGCUCAGGAUGAUAAUGACGAUGAGUAUGACUACUACUCAGAUGCUGGCUACUCCGAUGAUGAGCCCGAUCAAAAAAUAAACUCUUCUACCUCACGGCCCGCAUUAAAUCAUUAUCAACCUGCAGCAGAAAAUAGCAAAAUCUUAAGAGAUAGACAAGGUCAAUGGCCAAACCAACACUCACAAUCACAGCCGCAACUACAGCAACAACGUCAGGACGUACCUAUGAUGCCGUCAGAUCCCCGACCCCAAGUGUUUCUUCCCAGAGCCAAUUCAGCCUAUUCUCAACUUCCAUACGCCUAUUCAAAUCAGUAUCAUCAAGCUCCCUCGCAACGGGCUGAUGACUAUUAUCGCCAAUAUUCCCAGUAUCAACUACAACAACAGCAGCAGCAGCAACAUCUACAGUAUCAACAACAGCAGGCAAACUUACAGCAAAGGCAACAACAACAGUACCAACGAUAUCAACAACAACUCAAACAUCUUCAACGACCAAGCAAUUCUGGCCCGCAGAUGCAUCCACAAGCUGCCGAUUUUAUGAACAAUACCGUUUCUGCACAAGAGCUCGCCAGGAUCCGGCGCAGCAGACAAAAUUCAGACCCGGUGCUUAAUGGCUCUCUCCAGUAUAAGUCAAAACCAAAACGCAAGUCUCGAAAUAAACCAAAUGAUUACGUCACGCCUAUUCGAGAAACGCAUUUUAGAUAUGGUGACGACGAAGAACGGAGAGAAAGACGAAGGAAGAGCAGCCAAGAUCAACAAGCCAUUCAGAAUCAAUUCUGGAAACAGUACAUUGAUAUGCGUGACGAUCAGGCCAAUGACUAUCCUAGUACACCGGAGCCAGAGGAGGAAUACGAUGAUGGUCGACCUGGCACGAGGAUGUCUUCUAAUACCUUUCUAUCUGCAGCUAGCACUCCCUCCAUACAUUCCUCGGUAUCACAAAGAGCUGACAGAAAGGUUCGUGAGGAAAAGGAAAGUUCUUCAUCAAAGCAAAGUCCAGAAAUUGAUGCUUCUGAACCUUCUGCCCUAGGGGCCGAUGGCGAUGUUGAUGGAGAAAAGCCUUCAAAGUUUUCAGCUAAAGGGAUUUUCAAUAUGAUGAAGAAGUCUCCAAAGAAAGAAAAGCCAUUGUCUCUCCAUGAAAAAAUCAUGUCAUCGCCUGCUGUGAUUUCUUCUCCUGUCCCUAGUCAACCGCACAGACCGCCUACGUCACCGACGGCUUCUCACCACUCCGCUUCUCCAUUAUCACCACCUCGUUCACAUCGGUCCCUGCGUCCCGAAUCUGUUGUAUCAUCACACACUCGUUUAUCUUCGAAUAGGGGCCAUACAGAUUUGAUCGCACAACCGGAGGUUGCAGUGAAAUCAAAGGAGCUGACAACAUCCAACCCAACAAGCCAAACCGCGUUAGGGGAAAUUUAUAAUACUUUCAGCAAUGCUGGCGGUUAUGUUUAUAACCUAGCAGCCAAUUCUGGGUACAAAUUUCCUGGAUCCGGAAUCUUGGGUUCCGUAUUUGUAGGGCGUUCAGAACCGCCCUCUAAUGAAGCAUUAGAAUUCGAGGGACCCAAUGUUGCAGCAAAUAAACCAGGGUCUAUUGCUCCAUCUGCUGGCCGUUCGCUGGCACCGUCUGCUAUAAACUCUAGUUCUGAUUCUGUGGCAAGUACUGCCAUGAGCCGUUCUAGCCAUAGGAAAGGUGCUAUCAUACCCCCAGCGGGAACGAUUGUUGACGGCAAAGAGGGUGACUCAGAUGUGGAUGAUGAGUAUGAUGUAAAGUCUAUAAUGGAAAACUCACCACCAACCUCUCCUUUGCUGAUGCCAAAGGAUCCUAUCCAUCGCCCAUCAUCACCUCUUGAACUUACAAAGUCCCAGAAGAGAUUUCAAAAAACGAUGAAAUUUCUUUUUCAAAAGAACGGGAAUGGAGUAGCAGAGACCCCCUCCGUUAUCAUUUCUCCAAAUGAGACAGAUGAGCACUUUCAAGAUAAUGGCUCCAUUGUCUCUGCUCAAGUAGCCCCUGAAGGCGGAGUUAUGACUAAAAAGAUAUCAUAUGAAUCACUUAAGAGCUCAAAAAUAGCUGGCGAUGCCAAUGCUACAAAUGCGAGCAGCGAAGAGACAUUCUCACUUGAGCCUAUUAUCAGCACUUUUGUGGAGCUGUUCAGGAACUGUGCAAGAGUGUCAUUUGUUCUUCGUCCAGUCGAUGCCGUUGCAGACGCUUUCCCGUCCUUGCAGAAUGCAGUGGUUGUAGUGGAACUUUUGCUUCUCAUGUGGCUCUUGUAUCAGUUAUCAAUUAUAGUCGAAACUGUGGCCACCGCCGUAAAGACUUUUUGUAUGCCUGUCAUCAUAAUCUGCAGGGUCCUAGGAAUAACAUAUUAG